GGCGGCCUCUCAUUGGAGGCCCGCUGCGUCCCCUCAGUUUUGGCUCCCGCGGGGCGGCUGUAGGAAGAUGGCGGCGGAGCUGGUCGAGGCGAUGAACAUGGUGAAGAGUUUCCGCGUGCUGGACCUGCAGACUCUGCUGUCCUCCGUGGGGCGCAGUAAGAGCGGGCUGAAGCAGGACCUGGUGAGCCGGGCUCUGAGGCUGGUUCAAGGGGAGUGCAGCCCCGAGCUGCUGCGGGAGAUCCGGCAGCUCUACGAGUCUCGCUUCCCCAAGAAGGCAGCCAGGGCUGCGGUGGCGGCGGCGGCUGUGCCUGUGGGGCUGGGGGUGGGCGGCUCGAGGACGGGCUACCACUCCCCCCCUUCCCCCUCCCCCAACUCGUCGUCCUCCUCCUCCUCCUCCUCCUCCUCGUCCUCCUCUCUGCGCUCCGGGGCACGAUCCCAGGUGGGCUCCUAUCUCAACGGUCUGGACAAGCCCCCUCAGAGCAGGCAGGCUGCAGGCAGCGUCAAGCUAGCCAGCCUCCCCUUCUACCAGACCCUGGAAGUACUACUGCCGCCCACAGAGCUCGUCCCACAGAAUAGCGAGAAGCUGCAGGACACUCCGUGUGUGUUCGAGCUGAGCAAGGCCCAAGUGGAGCGGAUCAGGAACUCCAGGGAGCUGGACACUGGGCUCAAAUCAAUUCAGGUAGUGCUGAGGCUCUGCUAUGCAGACACCAGUGGUGUUCAGGAAGACCAGUACCCCCCCAACAUCGCGAUCAAAGUGAACCACAGUUACUGUCACGUGCCGGGUUACUACCCCUCCAACAAGCCGGGGGUGGAGCCUCGCCGCCCCUGCCGACCCAUCAACAUCACGUCAUACCUGUCAACGGCAACCAACAGGCUCGUGGUCACCUGGGGCAACUACGGCAAGAGGUACUGCGUGGCUCUGGAUCUGGUGCAGGUCUUGACGUCAGAAGAGUUGUUUGCCAUGAUGAAGCGCUUUUCAGUGAAGAGCCCAGAGCAGUGCCGGGAAAUCAUUCAAGACAAACUGCGUUACGACCCAGACAGUGAGAUCGCAACGACGGGGUUGAGAGUGUCGCUCAUGUGUCCGCUGGUGAAGAUGCGCCUGGCCGUGCCCUGCCGUGCCCUGACCUGCGCACACCUCCAGUGCUUCGACGGUGUGUUCUUCCUGCAGAUGAACGAGAAGAAACCCACCUGGACCUGCCCUGUGUGUGACAAGCCAGCCUCCUUCGAGCUGCUCAUCAUAGACGGGCUCCUGUGGGAGCUCCUGAAGGAGACGGAGGAUGUGGAGGAGAUAGAGUACCUGGCUGACGGCUCCUGGCGUCCGAUCCGAGAGGAGAAGGUGCGAGACCGGGAUCGAGAGAGGAGCAACACGCCGGAGUACCCAGUGAUGCAGAUCGGCUCCCCUGAAGUGAACGGACACUCCCCUGCGCACAGCAGCGGCAGUCAGGGCGGCGCGGGCGGGCCGGGCGCGGUGGUGGACCUCACCCAGGACUCCUCCACGGAGGAGGAGGAGGAGAGCGAGGGCGACUCCGAGGAGAGUGACGAGAGGCCGGCGCCCAAGCGGGGGCGCUACGCCUAUGACAAGGACCUGGUCACCGCGUACUGACCCCCCCCCCCCACUGUGGGGGAGGGGGCUCUGGGCCAGGGAUUUUAAAACAGGAGGAAAUAGGGGGUGGGGGGGGAGAAAUCUCCCCGCUCCGGUCACGUGACAGACAGACUCAGAGAAGCACUCCUUGUGAAGUGUAGAGACUGGCGCAGGCAACCCCCAGACUGCUUCUACACAGGAGCGCUGCUGCCCCCUGCAGCUGCU